AUGUCAGCUGAAGGAAAGAACAGGAUCAUUCUGGGGAUGAUGACCUUCGGGCCCGAGGGCACGUCAGGUGCUCGAGUCUACACCGUCGAAGGAACGAACACUGCCCUCGAGAAGUUCAAGAGCCUCGGCUAUGACGAGCUCGAUACCGCCCGUGCAUACUGUGAAGGGAAGCAAGAGUCCUAUACGAGGGAGUGCAAGUACAAGGAGAAGGGAUUCAAGGUUGCUACGAAGGUCUAUCCCGUUAAUGCAGGAGAUCACUCUCCCGAGAAGUUGAGGGCGACCUUUGAGACAAGUUUGAAGGAGUUGGGUACGGACAAGGUGGAUAUCCUUUAUCUGCACGCUCCCGACUGGUCUACUCCGCUCUCGCACACGCUGGAGGAGAUCAACAAGCUGCAUGAGGAGGGAAAGUUCACCACGUUUGGCCUUUCCAACUUCCAAGCUUGGCAGGUAGCUGAAAUUUGCACCAUGGCCCGCUUGACUGGAUGCGUGCAGCCUACUCUAUACCAAGCUAUGUACAACGCCAUCACUCGUGCCAUCGAACCCGAGUUGAUCCCAUGUCUCCGCCGCUUUGGCAUCGAUCUCGUUGCCUACAACCCUCUUGCCGGUGGAUUCUUCUCCGGCAAGUACAAGCAGGGUGAGAAGAUCACCGAAGGCCGCUUCACCGAAGGUGCCAAACAGGGUGAGAUGUACCGUAAGCGUUACAUCCAAGACCAUUACUUCCAAGCUCUCGACAUCAUUCGACCUGUAGCUGACAAGAAUAAUCUUACUCUUCUUGAGGUUGCGCUGAGGUGGAUGGUGCAUCAUUCGCAAUUGAACCUUGCUACGUCUAAGGUUAAGGGCAAUGAUGGGAUUAUCAUUGGUGCGAGUAGCAUCGAGCAUCUCGAGAGUAACAUCAAGGAUCUCGAGAAGGGGCCUUUGCCGGAGGAGGUGGUGCAUGCUUUGGAUGAGGCGUGGGAGGUGGUGAAAGCUAAGGCACCCGUGUAUUGGCAUGGCGAGCCGAGGAAGGAUGUGAGGGAAGAGGAGCAGUAA